CUUUACUUCAGGCGAGCUUUGAAUAGGUCCCCCAACAAGUAACCAAGAGAGAUUUGAGAUUCCAAGAAAAGGAGAGAAAAUUAGAAAAUUUGAGAGUUAUAUUCUGUUCUUCUUCGUUAUUUUUUUGUGGGUAAGUAGUAAAAUCAGUGAAAGCCAAGCAAGCUGAGCUGUAGUUGCAGACCCACAAACGAAAAUGCGGAGAUUAUCUUCUAAAACCAUGACUUUCUUCAAUAAUCACCCUCACUUCCUCUAUUCCUCCAAAUCAAAUCAGCCCUUCAACCUCCUUCACGCGGCGUCACACUCCACACACCAUGAAAUUCCCCAAUCCCAUCCCUCACACUCUCAAAUGGGUCUUCCCCAAACCCCAACACAAUUCAACCCAAACCGUAGAAGACCCACCGGCCAGAGCAACCGCAAUCAUCUAUCAGACGCUGCAAGAACUGGGUUUGGGCUAGUUCGCCUUCAAAAUCACCCAGACGAUCAGACUCACAGACAGAGCCACGACGAGUUCGCCGCCGAUAUCGAAAAGGUAUAUAGAAUCUUAAAGAAAUUCCACUCGAGGGUUCCCAAAUUGGAGCUCGCUUUGGUAGAAUCCGGUGUUGUUAUGCGUUCGGGUUUAGCCGAGCGCGUAUUGAAUCGCUGCGGCGAUGCCGGGAACUUGGGGUACUGGUUUUUCGUUUGGGCUUCGAAGCAGCCCGGAUACAGGCAUAGCUUUGAAGUGUAUAAAUCUAUGAUAAAGAUUUUAGGGAAAAUGAGGCAAUUCGGUGCUGUUUGGGCUUUGAUUGAGGAAAUGAGGAGGGAUAAUCCCCAGUUGAUUUCCCCAGAAGUGUUUGUAGUUCUAAUGAGGCGGUUUGCCUCCGCCAGGAUGGUUAAGAAAGCGAUUGAAGUAUUGGAUGAGAUGCCAAAGUAUGGCUGUGAGCCUGAUGAGUAUGUGUUUGGGUAUUUGUUGGACGCUUUGUGCAAAAAUGGUAGUGUUAAGGAAGCUGCAUUGUUGUUUGAGGAUAUGAGGGUUCGGUUUAGGCCGACAAUUAAGCAUUUUACGUCAUUGUUGUAUGGUUGGUGUAGAGAAGGGAAGCUUAUGGAGGCCAAGUUUGUGUUGGUGCAGAUGAGAGAGGCCGGGUUUGAGCCGGACAUUGUGGUUUAUAACAAUUUGCUUAGUGGGUAUGCUCAAGUGGGGAAGAUGAGUGAUGCUUUUGAUCUUUUGAAGGAGAUGAAGAGGAAGGGUUGUGAACCGAAUGCGACUUCCUAUACUAUUUUGAUUCAGGCGCUAAGGGAGGCUGACGUUGUGACGUACACUACCUUGAUUAGUGGGUUUUGCAAGUGGGGGAAGAUUGAUAAGAGUUAUGAGCUUUUGGAUAGUAUGAUACAGCAGGGACAUACUCCAAAUCAGACAACUUAUUUGCAUAUCAUGAUUGCGCAUGAGAAGAAGGAACAGCUGGAAGAGUGCAUGGAGCUUGUGGAGGAGAUGCGGAAGAUUGGUGUCAGUAUGUUAGGAUUUACAAUACAGUGAUUAGGUUACCUUGCAGUCUCAAGAGUUAUAAUAACUCAAUAUACAAAAACUCAAGAGUUAAAAGUUACAAUAACUCAAGAG